GUAUACUUUACAGACAAGAUUUAUCGUUUGAAGUUGAGAAAAAUAAUAAUAAUGCGAGGAAGUGGGAACCAACAAAUCCUUUGAAUCUAUUAUUUGAAUAAACCAACGGUGAACAGUUACCACGAAGAUUUUUAUUUGCAAGUGAACAGUCGUCUCCAUCUACCGUCUUCGGCUUCCUAUUUGCCUGUCCUUAUUUCCGAGAACCGUGAAAACCAGUCAUCGAAUGCAGUCUAUUUGAAGUCAAAAUCAUUGCAAUCUGCAGAAUUUUCUGGAGCUAGAGGUGAAAUUGUGAAACGAAGAAAUGGCGAGAGCAGGAGGGAUAACGAACGCGGUGAACGUGGGGAUAGCAGUGCAAGCUGAUUGGGAGAAUAGGGAAUUCAUCUCUCACAUCACUCUCAAUGUUCGUCGUCUCUUUGAAUUCCUCGUCCAAUUCGAGGCUACAACAAAGAGUAAGUUGGCAUCUUUGAAUGAGAAGCUUGAUCUACUGGAGCGGCGGCUAGAGGUACUCGAAGUCCAAGUGGGCACUGCAUCAGCCAAUGCAUCUCUUUUUGCCACAUGAAGCUUAUCGUUAAUUGUAUGAGAAGGAGUUCCCUGUAAGCACCAUCUUUUUUGUAUUUGAAAGGAUUCCUUUAUGUUGUAACCUAUGAUGUCAAUAGUGCAUUAUCCAGUUCUCAUGCUUCUUUUUUCUGUUGAUUGAUGUUUUGGAUGAUAGAAACUUCCCCCUUUUUUUUAGGUUUUUAGGAAUUAGUAAUAUGCAGCUUAUAUUUUGUAAUAAAACUCUAUGUUUUGUGUUGUUGUUCUGCAGAAUAUUUUUGUGCACAGGCAUUCACUUAAAUGGCAUGUUGUUGCUUCUUGGCAGGAGGAAAA